AGUUGAGGAAAUUCGUUCAUAGUGAUUAGACAUAUCAUCCUGACAUACAAGUCUGCCGUGCAUUUAUAAAGAAAAAAUUAAUUUGUGAAAUUUUUAAACAAAAUGAAUCGUUUCCUAUUUUUUGCACUACUUGUGACAAUAGCCACCUCACAAAAGUUCCAAUGCCCAAAUAACAAAAACGCACAAUAUGAAGAUGCAGAGCAGUGCGAUAAGUACUAUGAUUGUCAAGAUGGUGUAGUAAAAGAGAAAUUAUGUCCCGAUGGUUUAGUAUUCGAUCAAUCAAUUAGACGAUUCAACAAAUGUGACCAACCUUUCAACGUUGACUGUGGCGACAGAACAGAACUUCGUAAGUAUUUUUAUAUCUUAUUUAUAGAACCAAAGCUAAUUCAUUAUUUUAAUUCGAAUCUAGAGCCACCAAAGGGUACAAAUGACUUCUGUCCAAGACGAAAUGGUUUCUUCGCUCAUCCAGAUUCAACAAUCUGUGAUCUCUUCUACCAAUGUGUUGAUGGAGAAUCAGUUGAAAACAGAUGCGCUGCUGGACUCCACUUUGAUGAAUAUUCAGGUACAUGUGUAUGGCCAGCAACAGCCAACAGAGAAGGAUGCAAGGAAGAUGAGAAAAAACUCAAGGAUGGCUUCAAGUGUCCAGCUGAAAAGAACAAGAAUGAUGCCAAUGGUCAAAUCGUUGCUCAUCCACACUUUUCACAUCCAGAAGACUGUCAGAAAUUCUACGUAUGUCUUAAUGGAAUUGAACCACGUGAAUUAGCAUGCGGUGCUGGAGAAGUCUUCAAUGACGAAACCAAGCGUUGUGACAAUCCAGAAAAUGUUGCCGGAUGUGAGGAUUGGUUCAAAGACGCUGACAAGAACUAAAUGAGAUUUUUCUAUGUAAAUUCUAUCUAAUUUCAUUUUUUCAAACUUUAUUUUCCUUUUAUCUCUGUCACUCUCUAUCUCUAUUCCUACAUCUAUUACUUUAUUCUAUUUUACAUUCUAAUUAACUUCCUUUCUAAUUCUAUAAUGUGUAUUCAUAUCCAAGACUGCCAUUAUUAAUUGAACAAAAAAAAACAUUAUGUUAAUAAACAUUAUAUUUUUAGUCUAUUAAAACUAUUUAACUUUACCUUAAUACUAUCCUUCCUACUUUCCAGUUGCUUUCUUCCUACUUAUUUUCAUAUAACCUUAAAGCUUUGGUAGACCUUUUAUGUCACUGGGUGUUUCAAUUGAAUGAUGGAAAAGGCCUGGUUUGACUAGAAAUUUGUUGCUAAUCAUGGCAAUUAAAAUGCAAAUUACAAGUCAAUAGGAAUUUUCGAUCGGGAAGUUGAAAAACUGUAGAACACGUUUUGUGCCUCCGUAAUCACUAGUUUGGCUUAAAUUAAAAUCUAAAAGAAAGAAGUUGUAAGAAUUGCUUGAAGUUUUUACGGUUUCUGGAAGAUUCUUGUUUCAAAUAUUUGCUUCAAGCCAUAUUCUGAAUAACUGUUGAAAUAUUUUAGUCGUUCUUAAGAAUCGUAAACAAAAUGUUGCACGUAAAUUUUUCAUUGACAUUCAAACGAUUGGCAUUCUUCAUUUCUUAGUCGUCAAUUUCUAAAGAAUUGUAUCAAUUAUAGAUAACAAGUUUAAUAUUCAAAUGAUGACAAAUAUAGCGAUAAACCAAAUUAAAUUUUUUGAUAUUAUAGAUUUUAUAUAAAGUCUUGUUUGUUCGCACAUAUCAAACUUCUAUAAGUAUCUGUUUUAUGUUGAAAACUCUUUUUCAUUUCAAACUUUUAUUUUUCUAUUAAAUUUAUCUUAAAUAUAUUUUUUAUGUGGGAAUCAGAGCUGUUGGAUUGUUGUUUUAGCUCUAAAGAUAAACCUCGAAUAGUUUGCAUAGCUCCAAGUCAGGUUAUCAGUAUCCGUACUGAAAACCUUAACUGGAAACAUUACUCCUAGCCAACAGCUUUGAUUGGGAUUUUUAACUAGCAUAAGAACCUAAUCAAUUAUGAUUAUAAUACUCAAUUUUGUUAGGAAUGUAAUCCGAACAAACUAUUUACAUCGGGAUAUUUGCAAUGACACUGCCAUUUAGAUUUCUAAGUACUUCAUACGUUCUUAGUUAUACUUUUUAAAUUUUUAUUAAGAACUUGAAGAUUUUGUUC